AUGGAUGCGGAGAAAUUGACGGUGGAGGAGCUGAGAAGGGUCAGAGAGGAGGUGGAGAGGCAGGCGAGAGCGCGAGAGGAGAUUCACGCUAGGAGAGCUGCGGCCUCCGCCCAGCCCGAGGUCGCUCAUCCCAAAGAGGAGGCGGCGCGAGGGGAGGAACGAGCGCGGGGGAGCCCGACGGUCGACGGGCAGCACGAGGGCGCGAAGGCGAUAGAGGGCAACGGGCAGGUUGGGGCUGAAGGGAGCGCGAGAGUGACGCUGUCGGUCAACCCGUGCGACAAGCUGUCAGCAGUGGUGGAGGAGAUUCAGAAACAUUGGACCUCGAAGAACUCGCGCAGCCAGUCGACGAUCUUGGACUAUGGAUUGCAGCCGAUCUGGCCGUCGUUUCUCAAGUACGAGAUGUGCGGGGACGGGAAGGCUGCUGUCUUCUUCUUCGACAGAGCAGCAGCGGCGCGGGUGUUCUACAAGUGGAGCAACGACAGGAGUUUCUUCAACGGCUCGGCUGUAUCGAACACGAGGAUUCAGUGA